UACGACGUGAUUGCCAGGAAAAAAAAUUUAAAGAGAAUAAAAAGUGCCUUAAUCAACGGCUACGUGUAACCUGCUAUUACCUCAAUAGAUUUACGAGUAGAAGCAAUUGUAGCCCUUGAAAAAAUUAGCUGUUGUUAUUAUUCACAUUCAAGUCUCUUUCUGACGUACACUUUUACAUUGUCCAACAAUGGAAUCAAAGAAAAAGUAUAAGUUUUAAAAUAAUUGUACAAUACAACAAAAGAUCAAUAAAAGGAAAUGAUUCCAGUGACACUCAUAUCAUCACCAUCAUCAUCACCAUCACCAUCACCAUAUGAUAAAUGGACUUCUAAUAAUAUAUUUUGUUGAAAAUAUACAGCAACAGAGAUAAUUUUUUCUUUCGUUUGAGCACUGCAGCAUAUCAGAGUGAUUUAAAUUAUUCACUGGAAUAAUUUACAUGAAUAUUCAUGCAACACGUUCGUUGAGCAAAAUUUAUUUUUAUCUAUUGGAUACUUUGUCUACUUCUUUAUAAUUAUGCAACAUUUUUCCGCAUUAGAUUUUCUUUUAUUACAUUAUAUAGAAUGCUAUUAGAGAAGAUGAUUAAAUUCUACUCAAAAAUUCUCGAAGCUUCUUUCAAUGCCAUUGCAAUUUACACACAUAUGGUAUUGUAUUUGUUUUAAAUGUUUUGUUUAAACAGUAGUAAACGAUAAAAGUCAAGAAUAAAAGCAGAAAUAAAAAGCCACGUAAUAAAUAAUGGAAUAAAUACAACAGUUGAUACUAAAUCAAAAUUUGUCAUUUGCAGUGAGAGAAUAAUGCAUACUUUAUCAGAUAAGUGUAUGAGCAUUUUGCUAAAUUAUUUUCAUGGAACUCAGUGAAAUGAUGAUAUUGAUAUGCUAAUGAGAGAGAAGAUAUAUUAUGAUGAAAAAUUCCGUUUUUCAAAUAUCUUAUCAGUUUACGUGUUUCAUGACAAAGAUGAAUGUCUAGAAAUUACUAGACGGAGACAUUCGUUGUCUUCAACGGCUUAACAGUGACUCAUUCGAAUGAUUCAUUAACAGAUGUUACUUCAAGUAUUAUUGGUAAUUUUAAUGUUUGUUUUAAUUACAUUGAUUAUGCAAUCAACGUUAAAAAAAACAUUUGCAAAGUCGUCGUUUUUUAAAUUUAAAAACAAUGUCAUAAAAUAACAAAUAAGGCAAAUAUUUUUUGUUUUUUGAUAAUAAAAAGCAGAAAAAAAAUUGCUUGAUGUUCCUGGUGAAUUUAUAAUUGUAAGACGAGGAUUCAAACAUUACCCAAUGACCCUCUGGUAUCAGUUGGUACCAAGCGCAAGUUAUAGAUUAGGCUGUUGGUUGCUAUAGCACAGAAAAGCUUUUAAGAGUUGCAUACGGCUUUACUUGGCGUCUCGAGGGCUCUAGACACCAGUUCUAAUGCAUCCUUUUGUCGACUCAGUUACUGUUAAGUUUGAAACGAAUGACAUUUACUGGUUUUGUUUUCUUCAAGUUUGUAAAGUAACCGAGUGAUCCGGAACAGUAUCUUCAACUCAAGUCUUGAGUAUUAAUGUUACCAGAAUUGAGGAUGUCUGAAUGGGUAACGCGUGCGCCUGUCGAAGUUGCGACAGUCAAGUCAAUGCAGGUUCUAUUCUGGAUCGUGUUAUCAGUCAAGCGAGUAAUGAAGACCAGUGUUUACUAUAUCGUUUGGCAAACUAUAAGAAAGGAGGGGAACUCAUUGAAGCAUACAAUCGUGGAGGUCAGCAAGCGGUAGAGCAAGUAAUAAGAGAACAGUUUGGAAUCCUAAUGUAUGCAGAUGGUAAAGGACAGGUGAUCAAUCGUGCAGAAUACCUGAGAUGGAAAUUUCGGGGUUUAGAACAAGUUGUCUUACCCAUUGAAGCAUCACUAUCGCGCUUUGAUCCUUUAGCUCAAUGGAGUGAUCAUGAAGCUUGUUGGCAAAUGCAGUAUCGUGGAUCUUUAGGAGAAACUUUGCUUCAUGUCCUUAUCAUUUGUGAUACAAGAUCACACACUAGAAUAGCUCGAAUCCUUCUCAAAUGUUUCCCCAGACUGGCGAUUGAUGUGGUUGAGGGUGAAGAAUAUCUUGGUGCUAGUGCACUUCACCUUGCCAUUGCUUAUAAUAAUAAUGAAUUAGUUCAAGAUUUAGUUGAAGUCGGUGCUAUUGUAUCACAACGAGCAGUUGGCAGUUUUUUUCUACCUCGAGAUCAGCAACGUCAGCGACCAACUAAAAAUACUGACUAUGAAGGAUUGGCCUACUUAGGGGAAUAUCCCCUUGCUUGGGCAGCCUGUUGCGCAAAUGAAAGUGUUUAUAAUCUUUUAUUGGACUCUGGAGCUGAUCCAGAUGAUCAAGACUCAUUUGGGAACAUGAUUCUCCACAUGGUCGUCGUAUGUGACAAGCUAGACAUGUUCGGCUACGCCCUACGUCAUCCAAAAUUUCCGGCGCGCAACGGGAUCGCCAACAAUGCUGGAUUCACGCCGUUAACACUUGCCUGUCAACUUGGACGUGCUGAAGUUUUCCGCGAGAUGUUGGAACUAUCAGCACGCGAGUUCUGGAGAUACAGCAACAUCACAUGCUCCGCAUAUCCCCUUAAUGCUUUAGACACUCUGUUACCUGACGGCAGAACCAACUGGAAUUCAGCACUUUUCAUCAUUCUAAAUGGAACCAAAGAGGAGCAUUUGGACAUGUUGGACGGUGGAAUAAUUCAACGUCUGCUGGAAGAAAAAUGGAAAACUUUUGCUCGUUUGCAGUUUUUGAAACGUUUAAUAAUUCUCGUGUUUCAUCUAACAUCUCUCUCACUUGCGGUUUAUCUCCGUCCAAUCGAGAUCGAUGCUGAGUUGAUGGCAUGGCCAGAAGAGCUAUCUGAUAUUGGUAGAACUAUCGCAGAAUGUGUUACAAUCCUGGGUGUCCUGUGCUAUAUAUUAUUCCAGCUAGGUGGAGAAAUGGUCAACAUUGGUCUGAUAUCUUUUCUCAAACAAUUGAGUCAUGAACCAGCUAAAUUUAUAUUCGUCAUCAGUAAUCUACUAAUUUUGGCUUGCAUUCCAUGUCGCCUGGCUGGUGAUCGUCACUUAGAAGAUGCAAUUUUGGUCGUCGCAGUGCCUGGUUCUUGGUUUUUAUUGAUGUUUUUUGCUGGUGCUGUACGACUAACUGGACCGUUCGUCACGAUGGUUUACAGCAUGAUAACAGGCGACAUGCUGACCUUUGGUAUUAUAUACAUGGUCGUACUCUUUGGAUUUUCCCAAUCAUUCCACUUUCUCUACAAAGGCUCACCUAAAGUCAAUUCAUCACUCUAUCACUCCUAUCACUCGACAUGGAUGGCUCUUUUGCAGAUCACUUUGGGAGAUUACAGUUACUCUGACCUCAGUGAAACAACAUAUCCAAAUCUAAGUAAAACAGUAUUUGCCAUCUUCAUGGUUUUGGUGCCCAUCCUCCUACUCAACAUGUUGAUAGCCAUGAUGGGCAACACUUACGCCCACGUAAUCGAACAAAGUGAGAAGGAGUUUGUGAAGCAGUGGGCGAAAAUUGUAGUGUCCCUGGAGCGAGCAGUAUCACAAAAAGACGCACACAAUUAUCUACAAGAAUACAGUAUAAAGCUAGGACCAGGUGAUGACCCAAAUAAUCCUGCGUCUGAGCAACGAGGUGUCAUGGUGAUUAAGAGUAAAUCCAAAACAAGGGCAAGGCAAAGAAAAGGCGCAGUAGCAAAUUGGAAAAGGGUUGGAAAAGUAACAAUAAAUGAAUUAAAGAAGCGAGGUAUGACUGGAGAAGAAUUAAGAUGUAUCAUGUGGGGUCGAGCAUCUAUUUCUACACCCGUUCGUGCUAGCCCACAUAUAAAAGAGUCAGAAAUCUCGGCAUCAGCGGCCGUAGCUGGCGGCUUUGGAGAGGCUUUAACAGCAGCCUUGGACGUAAUGGCCUUUACACACGACAUUGACCUGGACCAAGCAACUGAAGGAAUACCAACAACUAACUCAAAUGUACUCCAACAGGCACAAGUAUCUUCAGUUCAAUCAUCUAAAUCUCCAACUGUUAUUGACAUAAAAGGAAAAACUCAUCGGCCAGAUUCUGAAGAUGUCAAAAUAGCUGAAUCCACUGAACAAAAAGCAGUGGAAUCGAAGCCAAUUGAAAAGAAUAGAAAUAUUAUUAAUAGAGCAAACCAACGGGAUCAGACUCAAUCAAUUGGAUUAUCUUCGAAAGAUGGUGAGAACAUGGACCCAUUGCUAAGUCUCAUCAUAGCAUCAGAAAAUCCAGAAUCACAACAUGUGGCGUUACUUAAAUUGGCUGAAGAAGCAAGAAUGGCAGGUGAAAUAAAAGUUAAACUUGACUCCCAUAUCUUGGAAAGCUUUGGCUUGGGUGUGGCACCGGCAGAAUUGGAAAAUUGUCCAAUUUCAGAAGAGAAAGAUAAAUUUUUAGAUGAGUCUAGUGAUGAUAUUUGUGGAAACAAUCUUCUUGGUACUGAUUCCCGAUUGAGGCGAAUUCGUUCAGCUACAAUAAGAUAUUCUACUUCAAAAUUUUAUUGUAAUAAACAAAAUGGCAUUGAGUAUUCUACCUCGUCGUCGGAUGAAAAUUCACAAAAUUUUAUUGUUUCCAACCAUGUUGGUGUAAAUGAAUCUUCAAGGCUAGAAGCUCCAGGGAAUCUAGAAAAUAAAACAGAGGGAGUGAAGCUUGAAGUUAAAGAUAGGUCUGAAAAUGAGAAGCUUGAGAAGAACCAACACAAACAGCAGCAGCACGUCAAUAAAAAUCACAAGCGUCGAGUGAAAACAGCGAAAAACAGGGUAACACCAAAAGAAGUAAAUGCUCAUGAAAACGAUGAAAUCCAGAUGAAAAAGAAUGACAUCAUUUCACCACCAACAUCACCAACGGAUCCCCUUGAGCCGUGGAGUACUCGUGGUAUCAGCGACAUGAAUACUAUAUUGGCCUGGCGAGAAAAUGGACUAGAUAGUCCUUAAUUUACUGUUACAAAAUUCGAUACACAUUUUACAAUAAUGUGAUACCAUCUCUUUCAUAAUCAAAUUUUCACGACCUAAUUGAUCUCAUUACUUUACA